UGUAUGAGGCAUGCAUGUUUGGCGCGAUACAUUGUAAACAAGAUCCAUGAUGUGUUUCCAAUGUGCGCAUGUGAGGACGUAUUGUUUGUGAGCUUAAGAUCAGUUGUUGAGCCCCUGUACUAAAGUGAAAUUUGUCAGUCAAAUCAAAGCAAUCCAAGAUGGCGAUUAAAACUGUUGGCAUUGUUGGAGCUGGCGUUAGUGGAUUGGUGUCAAUUAAAAGCUGUUUGGAGGAAGAUUUGCAGCCCAUAUGUUUUGAAAGGUCUUCAGGGUUUACUGGAGAGCUUUUCCAUUCACAGUACUUCAGAAGAGGCUCGGACUAUGCUGGAAAAACCGUUGUAGUUCUUGGGGCUGCAUUCUCUGGAGGAGAUGUUUCUGUUGAUUGUAGUCGUUUUGCGAAAAUGACAUAUAUGAGUACUCGCAGAGGAUGCUGGGUGUUGAAAAGAGGAUUCGGAGGCAAAGAACCCUGGGAUAAGCACAUUCUUAGCCAAUGGUUCAACUACAUGCCAGAGUGCUUUCAAGAACUGUAUAUAGAGAGGGUCCUAAGGCGUGUCGUGAACCACGAAGCUCUUGGUUUGGAGAGUGACAUUCGCCUAUACGCAGGAGCGACUAUUAUGAUAAAUGAUUCUAUAGAUGGUCAAAUAUAUUGUGGCAAACUGAAGGUGAAACCAGGAAUAGAAAGGCUGACAAAAACCGGUGUUGUGUUCACGGAUGGUUCACACGUGGACAACGUUGAUGUGCUGGUUACAGCGACAGGAUAUCUUAAAAGUUUUCCGUUCAUAGAAAGUAAAGAAAUUAGAGAUUCUAUGGAGGAACUUCAAUUGUACAAGUACAUCUUCAACCCAGAUGUACCUACACUCGCUGCUAUCGGUCUCUUCAAAGGUCUUGGGACUCAGGCUAAUGCAUAUGAGAUGCAGUCUCGUUACGUUGUGCGCAUUUUCAGCGGGAAAUUGAAAUUACCAUCGAAAAAUGCGAUGAGAAAAGACAUCAAAGAAGUAUCAGAAAUUAACAUAAGGGAUCACGGCAGCAUUCAUUCAUAUAUGUGUAUAAGAGACAGCCUACAUACCAGAUUUCCAAUUGCGAUGAAGCUUGCUUUUGGCACGUUGUAUCCGUACAUAUUCCGUAUUCAAGGGCCACACUCUUGGGACGGCGCGAUGGAUGCACUACUAGAUGCUCCUCGAAAAACGGCGAUGGCAACAAAAAUGCGUGUUUCUAAAGUGCCUUAUAGAACCUUUCUUCACACUUUGGCUCAAGUAGGCCUAGUAGUCGGUGUCAUGCUGUUCGCUGUGAUUUUGGGAUUGUUUUUCAAGAUGUAGCGAAGAUGUAAUAAUAGAGAGACGUUCGGUUUGCACGACGAUGUGACCCUAGAAUGAUUCACAAACCGGACUGCUGUAGUUUUGACUCUUCAUUCUAUGAACAACGUAAAUUUUGAAAAAAAACCACACAGGAGUGGCGCCAGUUGUGUGGGGGGAGGGGGAGGGGCGAACAAAUUUGCCUGAGGGGAAAAA